AAUUUCAAAUUCCUUGUAAAUACUAAAGCGUCAUUAUUUCAACCAUUUCAACCAUAUCAUUACGAACUUCAUCUCAAGGAUGAAAAGGUUUUAUUGGAAUCUCGUAUCAUUCAUAGCAUUUAUACUGCUUAUAACAUUUUCAGAAGAGAGACAUCACCUGAAAAACAACAAUCAUUAAUGACCAUGAAAUAUUCUAAAUUAUUCGGACGUGAUACAGUCAUACCUUUAAUUAAUGAACAAAACUUAGAUUUUAGUUAUUAUAGUCUAAUAACAAUUGGUGGUCAAAAUCUUACUGUUAACCUUGAUACCGGAUCACCAGAUCUUUGGGUUCCAGGUAUUCAAUGUAAUUCAUCACAAUGUGGGACUCAUAAUCGAUUUGAUCCUGCAAAAUCAUCAACAUUUGUUCCAUUACAAAGUAGUUUUUCCAGCUCUUACGGUACUGGUACCAUUAUUAGUGGUAGUAUAGGUCAAGAUACUGUCAUUUUCGGUGGAAUUUCAAUUACAAAUCUAACAUUUGGAAUGGCAUCAGUUGAUGGCUUUAAUUCUAUUUAUGAAGAAGAUGGUAUUCUUGGUCUUUCUCGUCAAAAUGGUCCAAUUUCAUAUCCUGGCAUUAUUCAAAAAAUUAAAGAUCAAAAAAUGCUUAAUCAAACCAUACUCGGAUUUCAUUUGGGAAGAUAUAAAUUAAACAAUACUGAUCAAAGUUUCAUGAAUCUCGGAAGCCUUGAUGCAAAUGCUUAUAUUGGAAAUAUUGUAUAUAACAAUCUUGUCAAUCAGACACAAUUCCCGGGGACUUGGAUGGUAGCAUUGAGUGAUUUUCAGGUUGACGGUGUUUCAAUUGGAGGAAUUAAUUCUCCUGCUUUGAUUGAUACUGGUACUCCAAGUAUCGUUGGUGACAUUAAUCAAGUCUCAAAGAUUCAUUCAAUGAUUCCUGGUAGUUCCUUUAAUAAUGGGAUAUGGUCGAUUCCAUGCAACACAACAAACAUUGUGUCAUUAGUGUUUAAUAACAUAUCGUAUAAAAUUAGCCCUACUGAAUUAGUUAAAACGCCAAAUCAGAGCAAUUCAAUGUGCGAAUCAGAAAUCCAGGGAGGCCAGUUGGACUUGUGGGUAGUUGGUGCUGCCUUUUUAUCGAAUGUUUAUAGUGUAUUUGAUUAUGAUAACUUAAGAAUUGGAUUUGCUGAUUCUAAAG